CUCUGAGAACUGAUAUCUUAGCUGAAACUGAAGGUGAAGAUGAGGAUGUACUUGUCGACUCCACGCCCACGUACAAUACACAACCGCCGGAGAUGGUUUCGCCGGAACCACAAUUGGAAUAUCUCGUUCCCGCAACGGAGAAGCCUCUGAUUUCUGCGAGGUUACCUCGCCGGAAGGCAAUCAGAACCAAUCGCAAAGGAGUGAGGGCGCCGACGCAGCUGGAGACGCAGCAGACGCUGGAGAGCACGUGGAAGAUGAUAAUGGAGGGGCGUCAGUGCUCGGCGCCACUCACGAAGAAGUCGACGGGGACUUGGGGCCAGCACAACUGUCGAUUGAUAGCCGUCCGGGAUCACGCGCCGGAGUCGGAGAUCUUCAAGGACCGGACGUGCAACCACGAUUCUUCUUCGCCGGCGAUUCAGAAAGAGGCGUCGCUGGAUGAGGACGAGUUAAACCGACGAGUUGAGGCCUUCAUCAAGAAGUUUAACGAGGAGAUGAGAUUGCAGAGGCAAGAAUCGCUGGAUAAGUACAUGAAGAUGAUUAAUAGCCAUGGGAUCUAGUCUUGGACCAUUAUAUUUAGUUUUAUUUAUUAAUUUUGUACAUAUUCUAUUUCCGGUCCAAAAGAAGUUCACACACACACAAACCAAAUGAUUAAAAAAAGAAAAGGAGGUCGGUUUUUAAACCUUUCUCAUGCUUUAUAGAAAGUAGGAAAAAAAGAGUGAAAGUUUUAAUCCAAAUAUUUUAGGGACAA